CCGACCGGGCGGGCGAUGGCGGCGGCGGGAUCGGGAACGGGAUCGGGAACGGGAUCGGGAUCGGGAUCGGGCCCCGGGGGGGGCCGGGGGCCGGUGCUGACCCCCACCACCAUGAACCCGGCGGUGCGGCGGGUGGAAUACGCCGUGCGGGGACCCAUCGUCACCCGCGCCCUGCAGCUGGAGAGCGACCUGCGGCAGGGUGUCCCCAAACCCUUCACCGAGGUCAUCAAGGCGAACAUCGGUGACGCCCAGGCCAUGGGGCAGAAACCCAUCACCUUCCUCCGCCAGGUGACCGCCCUGUGCCUGUACCCGGCGCUGCUGGCCGAACCCUCCAUCCCCGAGGACGCCAAGGAUCGGGCCCGCCGGUUGCUGGCAGCCUGCGGCGGGCAGAGCGCCGGUGCCUACAGCGCCAGCCCCGGCAUCGAGCUGGUGCGGCGAGACGUGGCACGUUUCCUCCAGCGCCGCGACGGCGUCCCCGCCAAACCCCAGGACAUCUUCCUCUCCACCGGGGCCAGCGAUGCCAUCGUGAGCAUCCUGAAGCUGCUGGUGUCGGGUUCGGGGGGGUCGCGGACGGGGGUGCUGAUCCCCAUCCCGCAGUACCCCCUCUACUCGGCGGCCAUCGCCGAGCUCAGCGCCGUGCAGCUCAACUACUACCUGGACGAGGAGCACUGCUGGGCGCUGGAUGUGGCCGAGCUGCGGCGGGCGCUGGCCGAGGGACGCCGGCGCUGCUGUCCCCGCGUCCUCUGCAUCAUCAACCCCGGGAACCCCACCGGACAGGUACAGAGCCGGCAGUGCAUCGAGGACGUCAUCAAGUUCGCCUUCGAGGAGAAGCUCUUCCUCAUGGCCGAUGAGGUGUACCAGGACAACGUCUACGCCGAGGGCUCGGCUUUCCACUCCUUCAAGAAGGUGCUGUUCGAGAUGGGGCCACCCUACUCCGAGGUGGUGGAGCUGGCCUCCUUCCACUCCGUCUCCAAGGGCUUCAUGGGCGAGUGCGGGUUCCGCAGCGGGUACGUGGAGGUGGUGAACAUGGACCCCGAGGUGCAGCAGCAGUUGGCCAAACUGGUGUCGGUGCGGCUGUGCCCACCCGUGCCCGGGCAGAUCGCCCUGGAUGCCGUCGUUGACCCACCGCAGCCUGGGGAUCCUUCAUAUGAGCUCUUCAUCACUGAGAAGCAGGCGGUGCUCAGUGCCCUGGCGCACAAGGCCCGGCUCACCCAGGAGAUCUUCAACAAGGCGCCCGGCAUCCGCUGCAACCCCGUGCAGGGCGCCAUGUACUCCUUCCCCCGCAUCGAGCUGCCGCCCCGCGCUCUGGCCGCCGCCGAGGCGCAGGGUCAGGCCCCCGACAUGUUCUUCUGCAUGAGGUUGCUGGAGGAGACGGGCAUCUGCGUUGUGCCGGGCAGCGGGUUCGGGCAGCGGGAAGGCACCUUCCACUUUCGGAUGACCAUCUUGCCACCCACCGAGAAGCUGCAGGUCCUGCUAGAGAAGCUCAGCAGCUUCUACGCCAAGUUCGUCAAGGAGUACUCCUAAUGCCGGCAUCACCCCCCCCCCCCUCCCCAGACCCCGGCCCCCCCCCCAGCACCAGUAAGCCCACACUCCCUGCUGGGCCCCGGGUGCCGCGGGCUGGGACCCCUGCCCCGGCUGGUCUUGGUGGUCUUCAAGUGCCUUCAACCUCUUUGUGCCUUUUUUUGGGGGGGGGGGGGAUGACGCAGGGACGGCGGGCGGGGCUGGCUCUCCCCUCGGAAACCCCACUAAUAAAAGGGUAGUGACCAGC